CAGUGAGCUCUUCACUCUCUGCAGUAACCACACCAGCACACAGGACCUGUUCCAGUGCAAGACCAAUCUCUGGACAGGUAAGUUACUGCUGCUGUGGGCAGCAGGGAGCACUUUAAAGAGACUCAGCAUUUCCUGUGCUGUCAGUGGACACAUUCAGAAUUCAAGUCUGACCCAAGGAGUCUCCUUUCUUUCAGGAGCUGUGCCCUCUAGUGCUCAGCCAUGGGUCAGUCCACUUCCACAACAUCUGAUACAGAUGGUGGUCGUUUGGCCCUCAGCUUUGACAAAUUUUUAAAGAACUUCAAGUUGGAAAGCACAAUAGUCUCUCAGGACACCGUCAGGAAGAUUCAAUCACACCUGGAAGAAGGGGACCUUCAGAGUACAGUUUCUACAAUAAAUAAAGUACUGAGAGACAUUGACAGUGCUCCACUAAAUAUUGCUGUGACUGGGGAGUCUGGGACAGGGAAGUCCAGCUUCAUCAAUGCCCUGCGGGGGGUGGGGCAAGAGGAAGAAGGGGCUGCCGAAACGGGGCCAGUGGAGACAACAGUGGUGAGAACCCCCUACAAACACAAGAAAUUUCCCAAUGUGACAUUAUGGGACCUGCCUGGAAUGGGGACCACUAAGUUUCAGGCACACAGGUAUCUGCAGGAAAUGAAAUUUGGUGACUAUGACUUCUUUAUUAUCGUGUCUGCUACACGCUUCAAAGAUACCGAAGUGCAUUUGGCAACAGCAAUUAGAAAAAUGAAGAAGAAUUUCUACUUUGUCCGAACUAAAGUGGACAGUGAUGUAUAUAAUCAAAGAGUGAGUAAACCCUCCAUAUUCAAUAAGGACGAACUCCUGCAAAAGCUCCGUGAUGACUGUGUGACACAUCUGAAGAAUGCCAAUAUGCGGAACAUUCCGAUCUUCUUAGUCUCCAGCUUUGAGUUGGCCAGCUAUGAUUUCCAAAGACUAGAGACUACCCUUCUGAAGGAGCUCCCAGCCCACAAGCGCCACAUCUUCAUGCAAUACCUGCCGAAUGUGACCGAGGCCGCCAUUGACCGGAAGAGGGACUCUCUGAAACAGAAGGUCUGGUUGGAGGCCCUGAAGGCUGGCGCAUCUGCCACCAUCCCUUUGGUGGGCUACCUCAGUGAAAACGAUGUGGAGACUUUAAAGGAGACUCUAACUCUCUACAGAUCUUACUUUGGACUGGAUGAUGCAUCCUUAGAAACCGUGGCCAAGGACUUGCACGUGUCGGUGGAGAAACUCAAGGCAAACCUUAUGUCACCCCACUUGCUCUCAGUUGAAAAGGAUGAUGAGUCCUUAGGGGACAAACUGUUGAGAUGUUUGGAAAAAAUCUGCUCUAUUAGUGGAGGACUCAUUGCCACUGGUCUUUACUUUCGGAAGAUAUUCUAUUUGCAAAAUUAUUUCCUUGACACCGUGGUGAGGGAUGCAAAACUUCUUCUUAAAAAAGAAGAGAUUUUUAAGGACUCUGAGGGCUCUGAGCAAACCUACAUGCAUCAGGAGGUCAGGGAUGAAAAUGGGAAAAGUGAGGCAAGUAGCUCCUGAAUUAUUCUUGGUGUUGGCAUGGCACUGGUGCCUGGAAAGUUGACAUAAGGUUUCCUUGAAGCAAUCUUGACCCACUGCCCUCAGAAUAUCACAGACAUUUUCAUAAUUCACUCUUGAACAAACUACAAACUUAAUGACUAUAAUUUGACACUGAGAGCAAUAAGCUCUCAAGAAUCCUUUCAUAUGACCUUUCUUGGGAAAAUGAAGGACAUAAGUCUGCAAUUUUCUGCUUAUUAGAGAGAAUAACUCUUUGUGUGAUGGUUACUUCAUAUCAGGCACUGGUCUUCUUAAUGACAUACUAGUAACAAAUGGCUGUGCAUACAGUAGGUCCUCAAAAAUGCUUUUUACACUUUUAAUGUUUGUUUAUUUUGAGAGAGAGAGACAGAAACAGAGAGACAA